ACACACUCAAAAAAAAAAAAAAAAAAAAACAUAACCUGGUUCUUGUUUUCCAUAAGCAUACUCGGUACUUAUAAUUCAUUUCAUUCAUCCACCAAACUAAACUAUACUAUACAUAUCAAUUAAAGUUCUAUCUCUCUCUACUUUUCCAAUUGUCUCCAAACUCCACCACUUCCUUUUUUUUCUCUCAAUCUCCCACCCAUGAACCCGCCGUCGCCGCCGCCGCCGCCAGAAUUCUAUGGCGGAGCCCACGGGCAGCCAUCGCCGCCGAAGCGUGAGCUGAACCUCCAAGGCCCUCGGCCGUCGCCUCUGAAAGUGAGCAAAGACUCCCACAAGAUCAGGAAACCCCCACCAGUACCCCGGCCAACCCACACCCACGCCCACACAACAACGACGUCGUUUCCUUCUUCCUCCGACCAAAUCCGGCACGAGCCGGUCAUCAUCUACACCGUCUCUCCCAAGGUCAUCCACGCCACCGUCACCGAUUUCAUGUCCAUCGUCCAGCGUCUCACCGGAGCCGCCUCCCCCUCUUCUUCCUUCUCCGGCGCCGGCGACCUCUCCCCGGCGGCGAGGCUGGCCUCCAUAGAGAGAACAAGCCCCUCCGAGAGAGAAAGAGAGAGGGAAAGGGAGAGAGGCAGCGGUGAGGCUCUGAUGGAAAAGGAACUGGAAGAGUUCGAGAUGGGUCAGUUUCCGGGAAUACUUUCGCCGGCGCCGGCCAGUUUGCCGCCGGCGAUACCGCCUGGGCUCUUCUCUCCAGGGUGGGAUCCGCAAAGCCUGUCGUUUUUGCAAGAUCUGAGCCCCCACUGGAACAACAACAACAAUUUCAUGGUCAGUCCAUUGGUGUCUCCGAGUCCGUCGUCGUUGGACAUCUUCAAUUUGUUUGACUUUAGUUAAAAAGCUUCCAUUUUGGAGGCUUUAGUAGGACUUUCUUUUAGCUUUCAGACGACAACAUUCACCAAAACCGACGACGACAAUUCCACUCGGCCGGUUAAGAUUAUUUUUGGAUUUUGAUUUUUUUUUUUUUCGUAUUGAUAAUGUAUAAUUUUCUUUAGGCCGUGUAUUUUUGACCGAUUUCUUUUCUUAGAUGAGUGAGUUUGUAGUUUUUUCAUUGUAAAACUGAAACAAAAGAAAAAAAAAAAAAAAAAGGGGGAAUCUUCAAAGCGUGUGAAAGAAAUCCAUGUAAUUACUGCUUAUUUUGGUUGCGAAUUGGAAAUUUGCAAUACUAGUGGCUACUCUCAUGAUCAUUAGAUCAUUUUCAUCCA